CCUGGGAGUUGUUUGGUGGGAAGAAGGAGUCUGGAGGGAAUGCUGGUCACACCCUCCCAGGAGGUUUUGAGAGCACCUGGAGAGAAGUGUCCCUGCCCCAACUCACUCAGCUGAACAGGGCCAGCCAGGUUCCCAGCCCCAGGCUUCUUCUGUUUGCCGAAUGACUUGUCAGAUGGAUGCUGGACCUGUGUCUACAGAGGGAAUGAGUGAGUUGAGAGCGAAGGCAUGAAGCUCUCAGGGCCCACCACUAGGCACCACCAGAGUGACUUGAGAGCCACUGGAGGCUCUACACCAGCAAGGAAUACCUUCAACAGGAAAUAACAGAAAACCCCACUUCCCAAGCCUGAACCAAGAGGGUAGAUUUUCCUCAUACCCAGAAGUCCAUAGGUGGGGGUGGUUGGUGUAAAUUUGGUGACUCAGGGCUAGUGUCAUGUGACUAUUCAUGUUACAAGCUGGCUGCUGCAGUGCCAGCCAUCACGUCCACAUCUAGGGGAAGAAAAGAUGGCUGCUGUUUCUUUAAGAAAACAAACUUCCCCUAGCCCCUUCUCCAACUGACUUUGCCCAUGGCUGGGUGACAUGGGAAGGCAGGGACCAAGGCUAUUAUGCUUAUCUCUCCCUUGUUGUUGUUAGGUGCCAUCGAGUUGGUUCCGACUCAUAGUGACCCUAUGCACAACAGAACGAAACACUGCCCGGUUCUGAGCCAUCCUUACAAUCGUUGUUAUGCUUGAGCUCAUUGUUGCAGCCACUGUGUCAAUCCACCUCGUUGAGGGUCUUCCUCUUUUCCAAUGACCCUGUACUCUGCCAAGCAUGAUGCCUUUUCCAGGGAUUGAUCCCUCCUGACAAGUGUCUCUCCUUAGUUGUGACUAUUACCUGGAACAAGAUAGAUUCUGCCUACAGGAAGGAGCUUUGUGGCUCUGACACAGCUCCCUUCUGUCCUCCCUGCUGGCCUGGGUUUGGGAAAGGGCCAACCCAGAAGCACGUCAGGGAUUUAAGACCUGCCUGGUUUUAUGGGUUUCUUGGUUAGUUUCUUGCAGAUAAGUAGCUGCUGUGCCUUUAAGCUGCUGUGUCCAGGAUUAGAACCUGAGGGAGAAAGCAUGGAGCCCCAGGAGAGCGGUGUCCAGUACAGCCGGUGGAAGGAAAGUGGCCAGGAUGAAGUCAGCAUGGUGACCGUGACUAACAGUGAGGAGGCCUCUUGGUGCCAGAGGGUCUGCCGGAAGCUGUGCGCGGGCAAGCUGGGCAUCACCAUGAAGGUGGUCGGAGGAGUAGCCCUCUUCUGGGCCGUCUUCAUCCUGGGCUACAUCACUGGCUACUAUGUGCACAAGUGCAAAUAGAUGUUCUUGGGGCUGAGUGCACAUGCGAUGGACACAAGCUGGGAGGGCACCCCCAAGCUGGGAGGGUCACUCCUGUAUACACAGACCCCCCGCCAAUGUACACAGCCUUUGCAAAUACAUGGACUCCCCUCCCCCAUACACACAGACCCCAGGGUACGAGCCUACGGAUGAACACAGCACACGGGCACACACAUUGGCACUAGGCACACAGGACACUCCACAGACAUCACGGGCCCUGCAGAAAGGCACACAGGUAAACAGGGACACAGGUAUUCAUGGGAUAGACCCCCCACAGAGACACACAUACUUAGCACACCUUAAAUGAACUCAAAAUGGACUCAUGUGGUUGACAAAAUGGUGCCAGCAGUUGAGUGGACAAAGCCCUUAAAACUUGUUUCCUCCCACCCCAAAAUUUAAGCCUAAUAAAAUCGCUUGUAACGGCCGAGCUUUCCUGUAAAUCAGGCCACUCUUGUCGACCAAUGAGCUCCUUGAGUUGUAAUGAGCCAAUCAGAAAUAAGCUUUCGCUUCCUCAUUCUGUCAAUAAAAACCAAUCACAGCUGAUACUCAGCGGUAUUCCUUUCCACCUGUGGAUUGGUUCUACCUGAUUGUCGGAUCUUCUGACCAAAUAAACCUCAUCCAAUAGAUUAAUUUUAUUAUUGACUCAGUGUGUUUUGACAAUUUUUGACAUCAGAAGUGGGAUUCUGCAGAAGACCCUGAAGACUCUGCUGCAGAAGCAGGCUUGGUACCUACAAAGCCCUUUGGGCUUUCUGUCUUCGUGUUGUUUGUGGAGUUAUCUGAGUUUUUACUUUGCUAACACCCUGAAAGUGCUUGACCAGAGCAUUUCAACCAAAAACAGACAACAUCAGAGACUUAUGGAAAGGACUCUACCAAGUAUUGUUGACCACCCACUGUGCAGCUAAGUUUGAAGGGUUGAAUCUGAGGUCCACAUCUCUCGACUCAAGCAAGCUCCUCCAUCCACCUGGACUGCAACACCAACGGAUGACCUCAAGAUAAAACUUCCUCGAGGUAACCCAGAAGAGACAGUUUUUGGAUGUAGACAGCUUUCCCAAGACCAACGGAACAAGUAACCCAGUAGACUUUUUAAACAUUCUUUUGAUAAUGAACAAGUUGAUUGUAUUUGUUUUCUUAUUCCUGCUUGUAUUUAAAGCCCAAGCGUGGAAAGACAAUGCUUUUGUUAGAUUAGCCCAGGCAGUAGCUUCAGCAGGAAAUUUGAAAGAUUUUUGGAUUUGCCACCCUUCUCCCCACUCGGUACAUUCUUUUUCAGACCCUUUAGCUUUACCCAUCCUCAAUUACACUGGAAUCCCAGAUGCCACUCUCAAUUCAUCUAUCCGAGUAAUUCGCGGAAUUCAAGUUAGACUCUGGCAUCCUCCAAAUUCCCAGUACGAUUUCACUGCUCCUUGCUUUAAUCUCACUGCAAUGAGAAACAUAACCAUUGACUGUUCAGAAUACUUAGAGUCAGAUGGAACAGUUGGUGUAACAUGGGCCAGUCAUAAAGAUUGGGCCCCACCAGAAUGUAAGCAUUCUAAUGGAUCCCUCAAUCAGUCAGUCACUGGCAACUUUGGGUUCUAUCCCUACAGAACCAGGAGCUUUAAUUUCCUACUUGAAAACUGUCGUCAUUCAGUGGGAGAGUAUGAAAGAGAUUCUUUUGUCUGUCGGGAGUUCCUCUAUCCCCAUGAUUGGGGAAGACUCUCUAUUUGUGAUCAUUCUCUUUCUGAAAAUUGGUUAAUUCGGGCAAAUAAUACCAUUCCCUAUAGUGCAUCUGUUAAAGUCACUGGAGCUGGUGCCCUCUGUGCACCCAAAGGCUAUGUUUUUCUUUGUGGAGGGUCUGACUGGUAUAAAGACAAUGAAAUUCCUCAGAAUUCAGAUAUGGUCUGGGCACUCCAAUGCCUCGACGGCUGGAGAAUGUCCGGAGCCUGCACUCUUGGAACCCUUGGGGUCCCCUUAGAUCUCUACCCAUACAAUGAAAGUAUACGUUGGGCUAGCACCCUAAACAUUUUUGAAAGAAUUAGAAACAAACGAGAUUACUCCUCAGUCCACGUUUCCUUCAUUAGGAACAUAUUUUCCCGACUCGGAGUUCAUACAAAUGAAGUCAUGAUUCGUAACCUGUCUCACAUUAUGACAGAAAUAGCUGACUCCACAGCUCAGACUAUACAAGAUCAGCAGAAGUCUCUCAACUCUUUAUCUAGGGUGGUGCUAAAUAAUAGAAUUGCUUUAGAUUUCCUUCUGGCCCAACAAGGAGGCAUCUGUGUGACAGCUACCACUUCUUGUUGUGUGUGGAUAAAUUCCACUGGACAAGUAGAACAAGCUGUAACUAAAAUCCAACAACAUGCACGCUUGUUACGCCAAGUACAAUUUCAUCUCAGUGGGGAAUCUGGUAUGUUUAGCAUGUUGUUUACUGAUGUACGGUCUUGGACUUUUGCUUUCAUCCUAGCAGGAAUUAUAAUUUUAAUCAUGAUUAUUGUUUUAUGUGGAAUAAUCGCAUGUGCUUCCCGAUCUAGAAACAUUUCUUCUCACACAGUUUUUCUCCCUUUCAGUGACAAUAAAAAGAAAGAAGAUAUGGAGUCUUGACCCACUUGGCUCGGCUGACGACAUUUCUCAAACACACUGUUACUCCAUUAGUCAAUCAACUCCCCCCUCUGUCUCUGGUUAACACUGCCUGGAGCCUUAACUAUGACCUGGUGAAGAAGACCUGUAAAUGAAAGGCCAUUGUUGGACAUUAGUCAGCAAAAGCCAAUGCUGAAGGCCCAUGAGAAGGCAAAAUGAGAUGCCAGUAACUAUAUCAAAGACCUUCUUUGACAGUUUUGAUCAAAAGGGGGGAAUUGUUAAAUGGAAUAAAAAUGGAGUCAUGUGGUUGACAGAAUGGCGUCGGCGAUCGAGUGGACAAUGCCCCCAAGACUUCCCCCCCAAAAACCUAAGCCUAAUAAAAGCUCUUGUAAUCACCUAGCUUUUCCUGUAAAUCAGGCCACCCUUGUUGACCAAUGAGAUCCUGACAGCACUUAAAUUGUAUCAGCCAAUCUUUUGCUUCUGCAUUCUGUCAAUAAAAGCCAGUAUCUUUCCA